UAGAGAUGAUGCGUGAAAAAAGGCGAUGAUUUCGUGCAAACCAAGGUAUCUUCACCUGCAUAAAUAGUUAAUCACGACAUCACCAAAAAACUCGUCAAGAGCAAGAGAACCUAGUUUCUUCUUGCUUUUUGAGAAAAAAAUAAAUAAAUAUUUUUUAUAUAGGAAAGGGUUAAUUUAUUAAUUAAAAAAAUUCAAAAGAAGUAGAAAAUAUAUAAUGGAGGGUGGUAGACUUUUGACGGUGUUUGUCUGCCUCGUCUCCACGGUGGCGAUGGUGAACGCCGGCGAUCCUUACUUUUACUACACGUGGAACGUGACGUACGGAACCGUCGCGCCACUCGGAAUUCCUCAACAGGUGAUUCUCAUUAACGGACAGUUCCCUGGUCCUAACCUAAACUCGACCUCUAACAACAACGUCGUCAUCAAUGUCUUCAAUAACCUCGACGAGCCUUUCCUCUUGACCUGGAGUGGACUCCAGCACAGGAAGAACAGCUGGCAAGAUGGUGUGGCUGGAACCUCAUGCCCAAUCCCAGCGGGCACCAACUUUACUUACCAUUUCCAGCCAAAGGACCAGAUCGGUAGUUACUUCUACUACCCAUCCACCUCUCUCCACCGGUUCGCCGGUGGUUUCGGUGGCCUCCGUGUCAACAGCCGUCUCCUCAUCCCAGUCCCUUACGCUGACCCCGAAGACGACCGUACCAUCCUCAUCAACGACUGGUACACCAAGAGCCACACCGCUCUCAAGAACUUCCUUGACAGCGGUCGCACUCUUGGAUCCCCUGACGGUGUUCUCAUCAACGGUAAAUCCGGUAAGGUCGGCGGAAAGAACGAGGCACUCUUCACCAUGAAGCCAGGAAAGACUUACAAGUACAGGAUCUGCAAUGUCGGGUUCAAGUCCACUCUUAACUUCAGGAUCCAAGGACACAAGAUGAAGCUUGUUGAGAUGGAAGGCUCUCACGUUCUCCAAAACGACUACGACUCACUCGACGUCCAUGUCGGACAGUGCUUCGCCGUGCUAGUGACCGCUGACCAAGCCGCUAAGAACUACUACAUGGUUGCAUCCACUAGGUUCCUCAAGAAGGAAGUGAGCACUGUUGGUGUGAUGAGCUACGAAGGAAGCAACGUCCAGGCGUCAAACGAGCUCCCCAAGGCUCCGGUCGGAUGGGCUUGGUCUUUGAACCAGUUCAGGUCCUUCAGAUGGAACUUAACCGCCAGCGCGGCUAGACCUAACCCGCAGGGAUCUUACCAUUACGGAAAGAUCAACAUCACCCGUACCAUAAAGCUCGCCAACACCAAGAACAUGGUGAACGGAAAGGUCAGGUUUGGGUUCAACGGUGUAUCACACGUUGACACCGAGACUCCCUUGAAGCUCGCUGAGUACUUCGGGAUGUCAGAGAAGAUCUUCAAAUACAACGUCAUCAAGGACGAACCAGCAGCCAAGAUCACAACACUAACCGUCGAGCCCAAUGUCCUCAACAUCACUUUCCGUACCUUUGUCGAAGUAGUCUUCGAGAACCACGAGAAAAGCAUGCAAUCCUUCCAUUUGGACGGUUACUCCUUCUUCUCAGUCGCUUCUGAGCCAGGAAGGUGGACACCAGAGAAGAGACAGAACUACAACUUGCUCGAUGCAGUAAGCAGACAUACGGUGCAAGUGUACCCCAAGUCCUGGUCAGCCAUCCUCUUGACAUUCGACAACGCCGGUAUGUGGAACAUCAGAUCGGAGAACUGGGAGAGGAGAUACUUGGGACAGCAGAUGUACGUCAGUGUUCUCUCACCUGAAAAAUCACUAAGAGACGAAUACAACAUCCCACUCAACACCAAUCUUUGCGGCAUCGUCAAGGGCCUGCCAUUACCUACACCCUACACUAUUUAAAAAACUCACUUCCACAAAGUUUUUUUAUUUAUUUGAUAUGUAAAAUUCUACUUUCCACAAGUGAGUGUAUUUCGUGACUAAUUAACCCUUUCCUAAUCUCAUUAACCUAUUAUUAUUAUUAUUAUUAUCUUUAGUCUACACAAGAGGAUCUUGUCCAAUUUGCAGUCACUCGAAAUUAUUCUCAAGAGUUCCAAGUAAAAUUAAAUACUAUGAACGUUAAAUUUAUGAACUCUCAUAUAUAUCCUGGAGUCGCAUGUGGAUGAUCCUUU